UGUGAUGAGAUGGGGAAAAAGUGAAAAGAAAGAAAGGAAUAAGAGAGUUCUACAGGCAAGAAAAAUAAAAAAUAAAAAAAAAUCCCAAAGGGAUAAAACGUGAGUACCAAUUGAAAUCAUCUCCCGCCUCAAAUUUGUCCUCUGCAAAGUGCGAAUUCCAUGCAUGUGCAUCAGUCCAUCCCACCACCACCAUCAUCUUUUCCUUUCAACCAAUCGAUCGUCACCGUCCAUGUACCAUUGCUGCCCGAGACUCGUAGAACUACCUUCAAACUCCACGCCAUUUCCUUUGCUUCAUCAAGGAAAGAUAUCUGGCGGAGACAGCCAUCAUUGCCCAAUGAAACGACGCCGUCCUCGUCCGACUUCCCCCGCCAAACUUACCACCGAAAGCAAAACGACAGCUCCUACUUGGACCGCAGUAUCAACAUGGACGAGCUCUUAUCAUCCAUUGGCCAGACUAAAAAUGAGCAUGAAUUGUACGCUUUAAUGUCACCCUACAGAGACCGAAGCCUGUCCAUAAGGUUCAUGGUGACGCUCCUCUCGCGUGAGUCGGACUGGCAACGCUCCCUUGCUUUGCUCGACUGGAUCAACGAGGAGGCCCUCUACACUCCCUCCGUCUUUGCCUACAACGUCGUGCUCCGUAACGUACUGCGGGCUAAGCAGUGGCAGCUAGCAUACGGGCUGUUCGACGAAAUGCGUCAGAGAGCUCUCUCACCCGAUAGGUACACGUACUCCACUCUCAUUACCCAUUUUGGAAAGGAGGGUCUUUUUGAUGAUGCUUUAUCCUGGCUUCAGAAGAUGGAAAAUGAUCGGGUGUCCGGUGAUCUGGUUCUGUAUAGUAAUUUGAUUGAGUUAUCGCGUAAAUUAUGUGACUACUCCAAGGCCAUUUCUAUUUUUUCAAAAUUGAAGAGUUCAGGAAUUACGCCUGAUCUUGUUGCAUAUAAUUCCAUGAUCAAUGUGUUUGGAAAAGCUAAGCUUUUCCGCGAAGCAAGGUUGUUGAUUACCGAGAUGAAGUCAGUUGGUGUUGUUCCUGACACGGUAAGUUAUUCUACGCUUUUGAGUAUGUAUGUUGACAACCAGAAGUUUGUGGAGGCAAUCUCCGUAUUUUCUGAGAUGAAUGAGGUUAAGUGCCCACUUGAUCUUACAACUUGCAACAUCAUGAUUGAUGUGUAUGGGCAGCUUGAUAUGGCCAAGGAGGCAGACAGGCUGUUUUGGAGCAUGAGGAAGCUGGGGAUUGAACAGAAUGUUGUUAGUUACAAUACACUUUUGAAGGUCUAUGGGGAGGCUGAGCUUUUUGGGGAAGCAAUACAUUUGUUUAGGCUGAUGCAGAGGAAGGACAUUGAACAGAAUGUUGUCACAUACAACACCAUGAUUAAGAUUUAUGGGAAGACACUGGAGCAUGAGAAAGCAAAUAAUCUUAUUCAAGAGAUGCAGAGGAGAGGGAUCCAGCCUAAUGCCAUUAGUUAUUCGACCAUUAUAUCAAUAUGGGGCAAGGUAGGGAAAUUGGAUCGAGCGGCAAUGCUAUUUCAGAAGCUGCGAAGCUCUGGGAUUGAGAUUGAUCAGGUUCUUUACCAGACAAUGAUUGUUGCAUAUGAACGAGCUGGCUUGGUUGGUCAUGCCAAACGCUUGCUACAUGAGCUGAAAUGCCCUGAUAAUAUUCCUAGGGAAACAGCAAUCACUAUUCUUGCUCGAGCUGGACGAAUAGAGGAGGCCACAUGGGCUUUCCGGCAGGCAUUUGAUGCUGGAGAAAUUAAAGACAUAGCAGUUUUUGACUGCAUGAUAAAUCUAUUCUCCAGAAACAGAAGACACGCAAAUGUAAUUGAGGUGUUUGAGAGGAUGAGAAUAGCUGGAUAUUUUCCUGAUUCUAAUAUGAUCUCUUUGGUCCUGAAUGCUUAUGGCAAGUUGCAGGAGUUUGAGAAGGCUGAUUCUCUAUACAGGGAAAUGCAGGAAGAGCAAUGUGUUUUUUCUGAUGAAGUUCACUUUCAGAUGCUAAGUCUUUAUGGUGGAAAAAAAGAUUUUGAAAUGGUUGAAUCCCUGUUUCAGAAACUGGACUCUAAUCUGAACAUUAACAAGAAAGAGUUGCAUCUGGUUGUGUCCAGCAUAUACGAAAGAGCUGGCAGAUUAAAUGAUGCGUCACGAAUCAUGAGGCUGUUAAGUGAGAGGGGAAUUCUUAGGUCGUGAUCCUUGCAUCCAGUUGUACUUGUCAAUCCUUAAAGGGAGAGUUACUUAACCUGUUGUAAGCUACUACAUCUUAAUCCAUUUACCUGUACAUAUCAUCUGUCAGAUCCUUCUUUGGUUACUUCCUUGCAUCACAAACCAUAAUAUAUACAUAAAGUUUUAGGUAAACAUGCCACCUCAUAAAUAUUUUCCUAGGUAUUAAUGUGUUCUAGUGAAAGAAUGGUUUUGUGCAGCCAUUGGAAGUCUUCAUUUUUUGCCAUGCAUUUGGUCUAUUUAGUUAUGCAGUGGGAUGGAUUUUGCUUUGCAUUUGGUCUUUGGUGGAGGGAAGGAACUCUUUGCUUCCCUAUGCAAUUUUUUACUCCUGAUGGGAACUUCUGAUGCAAUAGUUUGCAGUAGCAGACAUUAGUGCAAUUAUUAAGAAAUAAUGGAAGGACAUUUUAUAGCAUUACAAAUAUUCACAGCUCUUUUUCAUUGAUAAAACAUUUGAAAUUCAAUUGUUUUUUCCAUUUCCAUCAGUAUCAUACAUAGGCAAUAGAAACACACAAUAUUUUUACAAAUGUAAGCUUCAAAGAAUUCUAGGAAUGGUAGAAGAAGAGAAGUCUGAACUUUGAAUCAAAUAGUCUACUUCCCAUUCUAGUUGGUAAGGCUGAAGCAUGCGGCAGCAUUCCUUGGAUUGCUCUCUGCCACCUGCUCUACCGGUUAUGAGAAAUCCCUAAAUGAUGAUUCCGAUCUGGACAGCAAUUGAAGUUUUGGGAAAUGAGUAUUUAGCAGGAGAAAUUGCAAGUGGUUAGGAAGUAUUACUUAUGUCAUAUAGUAUUGUAUGUGUAAUUUUUAUGUACCCGGAGUAACAGGCGUCCUUAGUUUCCACAUAUGAUCGUCUGUCGUCCACCAUUGCCUCGAAGGGCAUGUCUUCAUAAUCCUGAAAAAACAUUCACCUCUGGUUGAAUCCCAAAAGCGUGUGAUCUGAAUUGGCAACAACUUGAGGUAGAUUUCCCACUGAAUUGUUACUUGUCAUCAUAUCACAAGAAGGGUCUCUGGGGAUAUAAAUAGGUUCCAAACCCAGUAAAGAUUUUGUCAAUUGAUCAGUAGAGUCGAGAUGACGAACAGCAUCAUCGCCAUCAGAAUGAUGUUGAGAAAACAGCAGAGCAUCAGUAAUACAGUUGUGGAUGCUCAAGUCUAACCGUGGCUGCGCAGAACACUCGGAGGAAUAGGACAAUUGUCUAUUAUUGGAAAAUUUUUGGCCAUGGACAGCCAGCUGUGAAUACACAUAGUGAAGCUAGUCGUAAUUGUGGACGAAGUUGGCAGAUGAUCCCAGCACAGCCAUGAACAGGGUAUCUUCCACGCAUGCCUGACUCGUAUUUGAUGGCCUCUUCCUUUUUGUUUCAAGAGUGUUUAAUUGCUCUAGCAUCUUGACAAUUUUGGACACCCCAAAAAGCCGAUGUGCAUUUUGGAAAGCGUUGUGUUGAUUGGCAGGACAAUAUGCAGUCCGAUGUGCACUUUCUCCUUUGGUAUUUGCAUGCAGCACAGGCUGGGCUUGUGCCACCUUUUACAGUCAUGUUACUGCUAUCUACAGUUGAGUAUAUGUAAACCGGAGCAGUAGAUAGGGCGAGAAUGUAAAUGGAGAAUUAUGAAAAGAGAGGGUAAAGUCUGUGGCAAUGGACUGGAAGGAGGUCGGGUGAUUAGGCAAUGCAAAUAUUCAUUUGGACCAUUAUCAAUUUUGGGAGACAAUAUCAGUCUAUUGAGUGGGUGUUCUUCAACGCUUCUUAAACUAGAAAACAUCAGAUAAACAGCAGUCAGAACUAGAGAUGUCACAGAAGAUCCUUUUUAAUCGAAUCGCAGGCAUAGGCUUAGCAAUGGAGCUUUUAGCAGGGGCGAAAAUCAUCCGUCUUCGAACGCAUAAAGGGAAGUAUCUAAUAGCUGGCGACGAUGAAGAAUCCGUGCGCCAAGACCGCGACGGUUCGAUGAAACAGGCACGUUGGAGGGUUGAGUUUGUUGAUGGCAAUGAUGGUGUUCGCCUCAAAAGCUGCUACGGGAAGUACCUGACUGCCACAAAUGAGCCCAUUGUUCCCAGGACGAAGGGGCACAAGGUUCUUCAGACUCUCCCGACGCGAUUGACUUCCGCAAUUGAAUGGCAGGUCGAAAGACAGGGAUCUGAGUUGAGAUUCAAAACACAUUAUGGACAAUUCUUGCGUCCCUAUGGAGGUUUGCCGCCUUAUAGAAACAGGGUUGGACAUGACGUACCCUGUAGAACACAUACGGAAGACAAAAUUCUAUGGGAAUUGGACAUUUUGGAGAGCGUAGACUCCGUCAAAUCACAGGAGAAUGCAAUCCACUAGCACCAUUUUAUUAACCGAUUCUGUGCACCCCAUGUCCCAAAAUUCAAAAUUGGCGAUGCUUCACAUCUUUGAACGACGUCUCUUUCAUUGAUCCAAGAUUUUCUGCAACCUCAAAACGCCAUGCAAAUCCAACUGCAAUUGAGGAGAGCUACGAAGUUGGGAAUGGAGAUCAUUCUCACCGGCUCGAUCUUUUCUGUUCAUUUUGUUGAUGUAAUAACCCAAAAAAAUGCACUCCGUCUCCACGUUACGAAACGAUUACUAUUCACUUCCAUCAA